GAAGCUCUAGAGAAGAAGCUUAAGGGCCAGAAGAAACAGCUGAGGAGGAGACAGCAAAAAGAUGGGGAGUGGAGUCAGUGCUGAGGACAAAGAACUGGCCAAGAGGUCCAAGGAGUUAGAAAAGAAGCUGCAGGAGGAUGCUGACAAGGAAGCCAAGACUGUCAAGCUGCUAUUGCUGGGUGCUGGUGAGUCAGGAAAGAGCACUAUCGUCAAACAGAUGAAGAUCAUCCAUCAGGAUGGCUAUUCACCAGAGGAGUGCCUGGAGUAUAAGGCCAUUAUCUAUGGGAAUGUGCUGCAGUCCAUUCUGGCUAUCAUCCGGGCCAUGUCCACACUGGGUAUUGACUAUGCUGAACCAAGCUGUGCGGAUUCUGGGCGACAGCUCAACAACCUGGCUGACUCUAUUGAGGAAGGCACCAUGCCUCCCGAGCUGGUGGAGGUCAUCGGGAAGUUGUGGAAGGAUGGUGGGGUGCAAGCCUGCUUCGACCGAGCUGCAGAGUACCAGCUCAAUGAUUCAGCAUCUUACUACCUGAACCAAUUAGACCGGAUUACAGCCCCUGACUACCUCCCUAAUGAGCAAGAUGUGCUUCGAUCCAGAGUCAAAACAACAGGCAUCAUUGAGACCAAGUUUUCUGUCAAAGACUUGAAUUUCAGGAUGUUUGACGUGGGAGGGCAAAGAUCAGAGAGAAAGAAGUGGAUACACUGCUUUGAGGGAGUCACUUGCAUCAUUUUCUGUGCAGCCCUCAGUGCCUAUGAUAUGGUGCUAGUGGAAGACGACGAAGUAAAUCGUAUGCAUGAGUCAUUGCACCUCUUCAACAGCAUAUGUAACCACAAGUUCUUUGCCGCCACUUCUAUUGUCCUCUUUCUCAACAAGAAGGACCUCUUUGAGGAAAAAAUCAAGAAAGUCCAUCUCAGCAUUUGUUUUCCAGAGUAUGAUGGAAACAACUCUUUUGAAGAUGCAGGGAAUUACAUCAAGAGUCAGUUCCUUGACCUCAACAUGCGAAAAGAUGUCAAAGAAAUCUACAGUCACAUGACCUGUGCUACAGACACACAGAAUGUCAAAUUUGUAUUUGAUGCAGUUACAGAUAUUAUCAUCAAAGAAAAUCUCAAGGACUGCGGGCUCUUCUAAUCCUCAUCACUCCUCUUGUAAACAUUCCAUAAACAGGCUUGGAAUCUGGCUAAUUUCAAGCAGAAAAAUCAUAGGUCAGCAUACCAUGGCAGAAGAAAGAUUCCAUUCUCCCUUAGAGAUGGACUUCUACAUGAUUGCAACUGUGUCCCAUACAUUCUUUUCAGAGUGGGAUAGCUAGUGCAGUUUAAAGAACACAAGGCCAGAAGUCAAAGACCCAGUAUAACUUACUAAAAGGUAUAAAUAUUUCAUUUCUCUGAGCCUUGAGUCACUCAUCUAUAAAUGAAGAUAACUUCUCUACUACUUCACAGGGUUACUCUAAUGAUCACAAACAUAAACUGAAGGGAAGGAACAUAAAAGCUGUGUGGUUAGAGUCACAGAAAGAAAUCCUAUAUAAAAGCAGCCAUUUAUGAAAUUCAAGACUAAGUUUUUAGAUGAACUAUCCUAAAGAAAGCAACAAACCUUCACGUUCUGCAAAAGAAAACAAUUAAAAACAAGACCUCAGUAAAUCUACCACUGUUUUUUACUAACAAACCUUAGCUCAGAGAUCUGAAUCACUGGAUAGGAGAUGUGAGUUUAUGUUAAUUUCUAAGGUACACAUCCAAAACUGAUCAUCUUUAUUAAGCAGACUAUCGCUUUGCCCCCACAAUUGCCAUAAAGACUGAGUUUCCUAAUUUAUCUCUGUAAGUAACUGUAUCAGGUAUAUAAGGCACUUUUUUUUUUAAGUAGGCUCCAUGCCAUGCAUGGAGCCCAGUGUGGGGCUUGAACUCAUGACCCUGAGAUCCAGACCUGAGCUGAGAUCAAGAGUCAGACACUUAACAGACUGAGCCACUCAGGUGCCCUUCAGAUAUAUGACACUUUCUGAAUAAACUUAAAGAUUUCAACACACUUUCACUUGGAGUAUUAAUGAUUUUAUUGCUACCACUUCUCAAUCACAGAAUUUUUUUUUUUUGUUAAGUGUAUUUAUUUAAGCAAUCUCUACACUUAACAUGGGACUCAAACUCACAACCCCGAGAUCGAGAGCUGCAUGCUCUACCAACUGAGCCAGCCAGAUACCCCUCAAUCACAAAAUUUAGAAUAAGCAAAGCUAAAAUUUGCAUUUUAACUGCUACAUGUUUCAGAACAAAAAAGGCAGCUGAUCUUGCUUUAGGCACUAAAAAUCUUUGCAGUUGAAUCCAUGGGAAGCCUGGCUGAAAACAACAUCUCCCCCAUACAGACAACAAGUAAAAAUUAUUUCUUUUAACUACUCUGAGGGGAAAAGAAGCUUCCAUUUAUCUUGACAGGAAGUGGUGAAGUCAAGUACAGAUUUAGCACUUACAACUACUAUGAGGAAACCUCGUGGCAUCCAAGAUUUAGUAUUUAAAAGAAAGUGUCAAUUAAAAUGAAAAUCUGUUCUUUGCCAGAAACGCACAUUCACACUUAGGCUGCUACUAGCAAUAUUGAUACUAGAGAGCCAUAUGAGCUUGAAAUACACUUAAGAACAAAUUUGCAGCUGUUAAAAUUGGAUUCAUUUAAUAGUCUUUGUGAUUCCAUGAAAAGAAAUCAACUUGAGAGAAUUACCAGAGAAAUAAGGGAAAGUACUCUGACUACUGCUCAUUAAAAAUCUUCACCAAAGAAAAAACCUGGGCAAGAUUUCAUGCAUCCAAGAGCUGUUCAGGGACUACAUUCUAAAUGGCAUAUUCCAAUUACCACUAACCUGCUUGUUUAACUCACUAUACAGGGGUUAUAAUUCUUUUUUUAUCAUGGAUCCCUCUAACAGUCUGACAAAACCUAUGGACCUCUUCUCAGAAUAUUUAAAAAUGCAUAAAAUAAAAUUCAGAGAAUUACAAGGGAAACCAACAUACAGGAAUACAGCUUUAUCUUUGGAGCCCGAAAGCCCCAGGUUAAGAAUCCUCACUAUAGCUAAGAUCUUGUCUGUUCAGGCCCCAAAACUAACGUAUCCACUUAUUCCAUCUUCUAAUAGGAUAACCCAACCUCCCCACAAAUUGUACCAGAUUGUUUGCUUUUUUCAUUAUCUUUUCCUUGAUCUUUGACUCCAGGCAGGACUUGGUGAUAGGCCAAAAUAUAAAAGCCCAUCCCAGGCUUCUUGGUUAUGGAUGUUCAUAUAGAACCAGCCUUACAAUCCUAGCACAAAAACAGUCAGCAAGUGGACCUGGUCUUCUGGCAUUCUACUCACUCUUUUAUUUUGUGCUUUUGUUUCAUUUUAAAUUUAUACUAUAGUGUCAAUCUUAUGCAUCAUCAGAAAUUCUUUUUUGUAACAAGGUAGGUUAAGAAGCAGUUCAACCCUAUUUUCAUGAACCAUAAUCUUAAUUCUUAGAAUGAUAAAACUCAAAGGAAUUUUAAAAUAGUUCAGACGCUGGACUAUUCACUAGCAAUUUAUAGGUAAGAAACUGAGGCCCACGGAGGUGGAAUGUCUUCAUCAAGAUCAAACUACUAGAGGGCAGCCCAGGUGGCUCAGCGGUUUAGUGCUGCCUUCAGCCCAGGGUGUGAUCCUGGAGUCCUGGGAUUGAGUCCCACAUCGGGCUCCCUGCAUGGAGCCUGC